AUGGAGGAACUUGAGCGUUUAUCAUUAGUCUCUAAAGUGUGCUCUGAACUGGACAAUCAUUUUGGGAUUAAGGACAAAGAUGUUGCGGAGUUCAUAAUCGAGUUAGCAACAAUUAGUAAAACUUUUGACAAGUUUAAAAGAGCUCUAGCUGAGGAAGGACUCGCGGAUCAAUUUGAUGAUUCGCUCACUGCAAAUCUGCUCCGUUUGAUCCACCAUAUGUUGCCGAAGUCGAAGGGAAAGAAAUACCAGAAGAAGACGUCAGACUCUCAUAAGAUCACAUUGAUUUCCGAUGCAAAGGAGGAAAUUAAGGCAAGACUCCCUGCCCUUGCGAUGCCCAAUAGCAACACUGACAAUAUGAUGGAUCAGUUAGAAAGUCUGGUUCCGAAAUGGAAGGAAAUAGUGGAUUUAUCAACGUCGAGAGCUUUAUCCUUUUCUAUUCUUUUUUUAUCUAUUCAUAAUAAAAUCUCUUUUCACCGUUUACUUAGGUCGAGUUUGGAGGAUGACCGGCACAGGAGUAGACGUAGUGAAAAUGUCAGGCAUGAUCGACGUCGUAGGAGAAGUGAUGAUAGAAAAUCCGAAAGAGAAAGAAAGAGAGACAGAGCUUAUAAGGACUUACCGGAUGUCCCUGAAAUAGGACACAUCUACAGCGGUAGAGUGGUGAGCAUCCAGUCGUUUGGAGCAUUCAUUCAGCUAGAAGGUAUUCGGCAGCAAACUCAAGGUUUGUGUCAUAUUUCUCAACUAAGGAAUGAACGAGUAAACGCGGUUGCUGAUGUGCUUACUAGAGGCCAACAUGUCAAAGUUAAGGUGUUAAAAGUUGAAGGAGGAAAGAUCUCCUUGUCUUUGAAAGAGGUGGAUCAAGCAACGGGAGAAGAUCUCAAUCCACAGGAAGCACAGUUGCUAUCCGAUGCCAUUGGAGUAAAUGAUUUGCGAAAUCCAGAAGCGCCUUGGUCGAAUCCUGAGAACUCCAACGUACUAGGUUCCGUUGCUCCAAAUACGAGCAUUCUUUGCAGUGGUAAAAGUCGUGUUCGUAUGUCCACACCUGAAAGAUGGGAAUGGCAACAAAUGGUAGGAGCUGGAGUUGUUACAAAUUUGGAUAGACCUGAUUUCGACGAAGAUUCCGGCGUGUUGCGAAAAGAUGAGGAAAGUGACGGCGAGGACUACGAGGUUGAGCUAGUUGAAGAAGAGCCUGAAUUCCUCCGUGGUUAUGGCAAAGGAAACCAAGAAAUUGAGCCAGUGAAGGUGGUUAAGAAUCCGGAUGGGAGUAUGGCGCAAGCAGCAUUGAUGCAGGGAGCAUUAGCAAAAGAGAGACGUGAAGCGAAGAUACAAGCGCAACGAGAGAAGGAUGCGGAAAAGAAUAGUGGCUUGCGUUCUACAAGCACAAGGAUUCUGGAUCCAAUGCAGGACAGAGAACUGGACAACGACGAUUCCAGAGGACCUAUGAGAAGGGACAAGGAUAUGCCAGAAUGGAUGAAACAUGUGACAGCUGGUGGAAAAGCCACGUAUGGCAGACGAACCAAUUUGAGCAUGAAAGAACAGCGAGAAUCUCUUCCUAUUUUCGCGCUAAAGAAGUCGUUGAUUCAAGCUAUGACGGAUAAUCAAAUUCUUGUUGUAAUUGGUGAGACCGGAUCUGGAAAAACUACUCAAAUAACUCAAUAUGCUGUCGAAGCUGGUUUUGCACGAAAAGGUCGAAUUGGUUGUACACAGCCUAGGCGUGUGGCAGCUAUGUCAGUUGCGAAACGUGUCGCCGAGGAGUUCGGUGCUAAGCUAGGACAGGAAGUUGGAUAUACAAUUCGUUUUGAGGAUUGUACGAGUCAAGAUACAAUAAUCAAGUACAUGACGGACGGUAUGCUUUUGCGCGAGUGCUUGGUUGAUCCGGAUCUCAUGUCCUAUUCGCUUAUUAUGUUGGACGAAGCACAUGAAAGAACUAUUCAUACCGACGUUCUAUUUGGUUUGCUGAAAGCUGCAGCUAAGAAACGAUCUGACCUCAAGCUCAUCAUUACUAGUGCCACUCUGGAUGCUGUGAAGUUUUCGGAAUACUUUUUUGAAGCUCCAAUUUUUACAAUUCCUGGACGUACAUUCCCUGUAGAGAUUUUGUACACAAAAGAACCAGAAACGGACUAUUUGGAUGCGGCACAUAUAACCGUUAUGCAAAUACAUCUGACAGAGCCACCUGGUGAUAUUCUGGUCUUUCUCACCGGACAGGAGGAAAUCGAUACUUCUUGUGAGGUGCUGUACGAACGAAUGAAGGCUUUAGGACCUGAUGUUCCUGAGUUAAUUAUUUUGCCAGUGUACGGAGCGCUACCAUCGGAAAUGCAAACCCGUAUAUUUGAUCCUGCUCCGCCUGGUAAAAGAAAGGUUGUAAUUGCUACCAAUAUUGCUGAAACCUCGUUAACUAUUGAUGGGAUAUACUACGUCGUCGAUCCUGGUUUUGUAAAACAGAAGAUUUACAAUCCCAAGAGUGGAAUGGAUUCAUUGGUUGUAACCCCUAUCAGUCAAGCAGCUGCAAAGCAACGAGCAGGACGUGCUGGAAGGACGGGGCCUGGAAAGUGCUAUCGCCUCUAUACAGAAAGAGCUUAUAGAGACGAAAUGUUACCUACUCCUGUUCCGGAGAUUCAGCGUACUAAUCUGGCAGCAACACUACUUCAGCUAAAAGCCAUGGGAAUCAAUAAUCUUAUCGAUUUUGAUUUUAUGGAUGCUCCUCCAUUGGAUUCCAUGAUUACUGCACUUCACCAGUUGCACACCUUGUCUGCUUUAGAUGGUGAUGGUCUAUUAACUAAACUUGGUCGACGAAUGGCAGAAUUUCCGUUAGAGCCGUCGUUAGCGAAAUUGCUCAUAAUGUCAGUUGAGCUAGGAUGUUCCGAAGAAGUGCUGACGAUUGUCUCGAUGCUUUCCGUGCAGAACGUUUUCUACCGACCAAAGGAAAAGCAGGAGCAAGCAGACCAGAAGAAAGCUAAAUUUCAUCAACCAGAAGGUGACCACGUGACAUUGCUUGCCGUGUACAAUUCGUGGAAGCACCAUCACUUUAGUCAACCGUGGUGCUUUGAAAACUACGUGCAGAUAAGGACUUUGAAACGUGCACAGGAUAUUCGAAAGCAGUUGCUGGGCAUCAUGGAUCGUCACAAAUUAGAUCUGGUUAGUUGUGGAAGGGACGUACAGCGGAUUCAGAAGGCAAUUUGUUCCGGAUUUUUCAAGAAUGCUGCGAAGCGUGACCCUCAGGAGGGCUAUCGGACACUUGUCGAUGGACAAAAUGUAUUCAUUCAUCCGUCAUCAGCACUAUUUCAAAAUCAGCCUGAAUGGGUUGUAUAUCAUGAACUUGUUAUGACGACUAAGGAAUACAUGCGAGAAGUCACCGCAAUCGACCCUCGAUGGUUGGUGGAAUUCGCGCCGUCAUUCUUCAAAAUGGGCGACUCUACGAAGCUAUCCACAUUUAAAAAGAAUCAGAAGAUCGAUCCUCUUUUCGACAAAUAUGCGGAUGCAAAUGCAUGGCGUAUCACUCGUGUCAAGAAGAAGAUCUACAACCCCAACAGAUGA